UCUCUAUCCUCCUAAUUGACCCGAGACGAAAGGAGUACACAUUGAAAAGAAAAAAGAAAAAACAUAUCCACAUCAACAUCAAUUAUUUUAUUGUUGUAUAUUUAAAAUAACCCCUUUUUCUUUUCUCUUUCUUUUGAGCAAAGGGUUGAAGAUGGGGAGAUGAGAUGCAAUACAAACACAAGAAGUGGAAGCCCACAUGACUGGACCAAGCACCUAUCUUCAUGUCCUCUUCCUUCCUCUCUUCCCCUUCUUCCUCAUCAAUCAUCAACUCAAAAUCAACCCAAAAACUGUCCCCUACUCUUACUUGAUUGACCUUAAUCAAAACAACAAAAAAACAUACCAAAAUUCUUAAUUAAAUUCUUUUAAACCAUGCUUAUUGAACUCCAACCUUCUUUUUCUUAUACAAGUUUUCAUCUUCUCUUCAUCUUACUCUUAUAUUCCUUCACAUUCUCUUACCAACAAGAUUGUCAUCCUGAUGAUCAAAAAUCCCUUUUAACCUUUUCUGCUUCUCUUACUAACCCACUUAAUUGGAGUACUGCUUCGGAUUGCUGUUCUUGGGAUGGAAUUGGGUGUGAUAUCUCGGGUCGUGUUAAUCGUUUGUGGGUCCCCAAAAGAGGAUUAACAGGAAACAUAUCCUCUUCACUUGGGAAUCUUACAACCCUUUCUUACCUUAAUGUUUCUCAUAAUUUCCUUUCUGGGGUUCUUCCAAAAGGGCUUUUUUCUUCAUUGAAUAGUCUUGUGAUCAUUGAUAUCAGCUCCAAUAAGUUGGAUGGUACCUUAUAUACUGCUUUUUCAUUGAAUGGUAGUUUCCCUUCUACCAUUCAAUUUGUAGAUAUCUCAAACAAUCAAUUCCAUGGCAAGAUUGAAUCAAAUUGGUUUGGAAAUGAGCUGAAUUUGACCAGUUUUAAUGCCAGUAUUAAUGGGUUUACUGGUCAGAUUCCUUCAUUCAUAUGCGCCAAUUCUCUUGAUUUUUCCACCAACCAUUUUUCUGGGGAGAUUCCUGUUGGACUUGGAAGAUGUUCUAAGCUUCAAGUCUUUCGGGCGGGUUUCAAUUUGUUGUCUGGAUUACUUCCUGAUAAUAUUUAUAACUUGCAAUCACUGGUUGAGUUAUCAGUGCCUGCAAAUAACAUAACUGGGACUAUUGGAGAAGCCAUGCUUAGCCUAACCAAUCUCAGGAUCAUUGAAUUAUAUUCCAACAACUUUUCUGGGGCGAUUCCUCAGGAUAUCGGGAAGCUCUCGAACUUGGAGCAAUUGCACCUUCACAUAAACCAUUUCAGUGGUUUAGUACCUGCAUCUUUGAUGAAUUGCACAAAGCUCGUAAAGCUAAUUUUACGAGUUAAUUCUCUUCACGGUAACAUCUCUACCCUUGAUUUCUCGAGACUUGUCAGGCUCGAGAUUCUUGACCUUGGUAACAAUAAAUUUACAGGGAACUUGCCUGAAAGUUUGUUCUCCUGCAAGUCCCUAACUGCAAUCAGAGUAGCCACUAAUAAGUUGUCAGGACCUGUUUCUCCUAGUGUACUGAAGUUGACAUCUCUAACUUUCAUUGCUUUAUCUAAUAAUAGCUUUACCAAUGUAUCGGAUGCGAUCAAAAUUUUCGCACGCUGCAAGAGCCUUACGACACUUAUCCUGUCGAAAAACUUUUAUAAUGAAGUACUGCCAAGUGAAAUGAACUUGAUAGAAUCAGGACAUUUCAAAAACCUCCAAGUUCUAGCUUUUGGAGGGUGUCAACUGAAUGGGAGAGUACCAGAGUGGCUCAUUCAUAUAAAGAGUUUAGAGGUUCUGGAUUUAUCAUUCAAUCGAAUCACAGGAACAAUUCCGGACUGGUUUGGAACUCUGCCAAACUUUUUCUACUUGGACUUGUCUAUGAAUCAUAUAAAAGGAACAUAUCCGGUGCAAAUUAACAAACUACCAGCACUGCUUUCGGAGAAGGUCGCGAAUAAGUUGAAUCGAAGCUAUCUUGAGCUCCCCGUGUUUGUUGCCCCGAACAACGCGAGCCAACAGCAAUAUAACCAGCUUGCGAACCUGCCACCCGCUAUAUACCUUAAGGGUAACAGCAUCAGUGGUGAGAUUCCAGUUGAAAUUAGUCAAUUACAGAAUCUUCAUGUGCUGGAUCUCAGUGAAAACAAAUUCACAGGCAGCAUUCCAUCAGAAUUUUCCAACCUCACGAACCUUGAAAUGCUAGACCUCUCGAGGAAUCAGUUGACUGGAGAAAUUCCAGUAUCGUUGCAAAGCCUAAAUUUCUUAUCGAAGUUCAAUGUAUCCUUCAACAAUCUCAACGGAUCGAUACCAACAGGUGGUCAGUUUGACACUUUUACAGAAUCUAGCUAUAUGGGGAAUCCAAGGCUAUGCGGCCGAGUUCUACAGCAUCAUCCUUGUCAAGAUCAAUUGGUCCCAGGAACAGCACGUCAGAAUCUCCGUGGUAAAGGCAUUAACAGGAAUCUGUUGUUAGGGAUUACCCUUGGUGUCUGCUUCAUCUUUUCAUGCAUUUUAGUAAUUCUGGUGUACUGGAUAAUGUCUAAGAGAAGAAUCCUUCCAGGAGGUGACAACGACAAGUUUGAAACAGAAAUGACCUCCAUAUACUCCAGUUCCCGAGAGGUUGGCAAAGAUACUAGUCUAGUUAUAGUCUUUCCGAGCAACACAACUGAGAUCAAAGAGUUGACUAUACUUGAUGUGCUGAAAGCCACCAACAAUUUCAACCAGGAGAACAUCAUUGGCUGUGGAGGUUUCGGUUUGGUUUACAAGGCAACCUUAAAUAAUGGGGCUAAGCUUGCUAUCAAAAAGCUGUCAGGAGAUAUGUGUCUAAUAGAGCGAGAAUUUAAAGCAGAAGUGGAGGCUCUGUCAAUGGCUCAACAUGAAAAUCUCGUCUCAUUGCUGGGAUAUUGCGUGCAUGAUGGUUUGCGGCUAUUAAUGUAUUCCUAUAUGGAAAAUGGAAGCCUAGACUACUGGCUACAUGAAAAUCCCGAUGGCCCAUCCCAACUUGAUUGGCCAUUACGGCUGAAAAUAGCCCUUGGAGCUGGUAGAGGGCUUGCUUACAUGCACCAAAUCUGUGAACCACACAUUGUGCACCGUGAUAUAAAGUCCAGUAACAUUCUCCUUGAUGGAAAUUUUGAAGCACAUGUUGCUGAUUUUGGAUUAUCUAGGCUAAUUCUCCCUUAUCGAACUCAUGUCACCACAGAGCUAGUCGGAACACUGGGAUACAUUCCUCCGGAAUAUGGGCAGGCUUGGGUGGCCACAUUGAGGGGUGAUGUAUACAGUUUUGGAGUCGUAAUACUUGAACUACUCACAGGAAAAAGGCCAGUAGAGGUAUCCAGAUCAAAAACCUCUAGAGAAAUAGUUGUAUGGGUGCAGCAACUCAAAAGAGAAGGAAAACAUGAGGAAAUCUUUGAUCCUGUCCUUAGAGGCAAAGGAUAUGAACAAGAGAUGAUGCGGGUACUCGAUGUAGCCUGCAAGUGUGUCAAUCAGAACCCAGUUGAAAGGCCUAUUAUUAAGGAAGUUGUUGAUCAGCUCAAGAAUAUACAGUCCUAUCUACAGACGCCCAAGUCUGAGCAAGAUUGUCCUGCAGAAAUGAGGUAGCAGUCCUCAGUGCAUCAAAGAAUAUACAAGAGACGAUGCUUUAAGAUGUUUUGUAAGAUUUUGCUUCGCAUGAUAAAAAUGCAUACUGGCUUGUUGUGUCAGGAGCCCAGAAACUCCUUGUACAAACUGCAAAAUCUCGUUCUUGUGAUUAUAUAUAGUAUACAAUCAGAAAUUGUAAAACACAUUGUUCAAAUGCAGUAAUGCACAUUUUGUAGAGAAAUAAAUGAGAGUUUUGUGAAAAUUAUGUACAAAAAGGAUUACAUAUCA